UUUUCCGUCUACCAAUGAGGGACGAACCGGAAGUUACCAAACAGGAACCGAGUUGUUUGUCUUUUUGACAUAAACCCAGCACAAGGUUUCCUUAACUCACGUCAUUAGUCAUGGACGUCAGAGAGGUGGAGAGACGUUGCUGUGUCGUGAAGGUGUCAGAGGCGUUUUCAGCAAAGAAACCAAUCAGCUGCAGCGGUGUCAUCGUCCACCCUCACACCGGAGUUUUAAUCUGUACAGGUCUGCCGUUUUCACGGUUUCUUGCACACGGAGUGCCUCUGUCUCCCGACACUGACACCAGCUUCCUGCCACCAUCCAGUUUAAAGGAUAAGCUUAAAAUCAGUGUCUGUUUCUCAUUGGGUACAAACACCAGUUCAGAAACAGUCACAGCACCCAGGUCUAAAACACAAAGGCAUCAGCUGCGGGAACUUCCUGCUCGCCUGCUGAUGUUGGUCAACUGUCUGGAGUUUAAAGAAGCUUUCCAGGAAGUAUUCCAGGAGUCUGAGCAGUGGCGUUUCCAGGGUAACGAAAAAGAUGCUGAGCUUAUAAGGGAUGCCAGCUUCCUCAGCUGGUUUGCUGUCCUUAAGGUAGAUUCAGUUGAGAAGAAAAUAAGCCCAGAUUCCAGAGGUUCCAUCCCCUGGCGCAGCACCUCUGUUCUCCAGAAAGGACUCUCUGUGGUAGCAUGCGGUUCACCCUUCGGCACCAUCUGCCUCGACCUCUUCAUCAGCACUCUGAGCAGAGGAAUCAUCAGUAACCUGGCUGGAGAAGACAACGCCGUCAUCCUCACUGAUGCCCGCUGUUUGCCUGGCACUGAGGGUGGAGGUCUGUUUCUGUUGGACGGCUCAGAUAACGUCCAUCUCAUUGGACUGAUUGUGUCUCCGUUUGGAUGGAAGUCCAACGAGUGGAUCGGCCUCAGUCUGGUCUGCUCUGUCAGUUCGAUUUUCAGGAACAUCCUCCGCUGCUGGAAGAAUCAAGAUUCUUUUCCUGAGGAUUUGCUGAAUGGUGGAGAAACAGGACUUGACAUGAUCUCAACGGCCCAGGAGUUGAAACCUGUUAAAUAUCCUACUGUGUGUUUUGUGCACAGUGGGCGGUUCUGGGGCUCGGGGGUUGUUGUCAGCUCUAAUCUGGUUCUAACCUGCAGGCAUGUUGUCUGUGGGAAACCAACAGUCGCCCUGAAGUUUCAUCAUAGGAACAGAGUCUACGACCGAGUGGGAACUGUGCUGUUUUCCACCGCAGCAUCUUCUCCCUACGAUCUGGCCUUGGUUCAGGUCAAGGAUUCUGUCCCUGACACUGUGAUCCCUGAAAUGACUCAGAUUUUUAAUCCAGGUGAGUCAGUUGUCGUGGUAGGGUACGGUGGUCUGGGUCAGGCCUGUGGUCCCUCCCUGACCACUGGAAUCCUCUCUAAAGCCAUUAGCCUAAACUACCAGCCAGUGAUGAUUCAAACGACCUGUGCAGUGCAAGCAGGCGCCAGCGGGGGCGCUGUGGUGCGGCCACACACAGGAGAGCUGUUGGGUGUGGUGGCCAGUAACACCAGGGACUUGGCUGCCAAAGUGACUUAUCCACACCUGAACUUCAGCAUCCCAGUGACUGUUUUCAACCAACUGCUGCAGCAGUUUCACCAGACAAACGAUGUGAAUGUGUUCAGGAAACUGGACACCACAGAAAAAGACGUCAGACAAGUGUGGAGGCUCCAGAUGGCCCAGAGCAAACUGUAACUGUAGGCUUUUAGAAAUGUGGGAAUUUAACUGGAGAAACAUUUUUUUAUGCUAAUACGAGAAUUUAAAAACGAUAAUUAUUAACAGCCAAUUUAAAGGUUUUGGGGUUUUGUUUUUUUUUUACCUUUGUGGGGUUUAUCAUCUGUGUUUUGUUUUUAAUUUUAUUAUUGAUCGACCUCAAUAAACCUUAGAAAGCAUUUAACUGACCAACCAAAAAUUGCAAAAUAUAUAGACUUAGAUAUAAAUAAUUAUUUAAUAAUAAUAAUUUAAUUUUUAUAUUUUGUGCAUUUUAAUAAACAAAAAUGAAUCCUAAUGUCUACAGUUUUCUCCAAACUCGUUGCCGGUGUGUUAAUUAUGCACAAAUAAAUAUUUUUGCAUGUCUUAAAUAUUGAAGAAAAAUAUUUGUAAUAUAUAUAAAUAAUUAAUAUAUGUUAUAAAUAAAAACAUAAACCAGAAGUCAUUCCUGUAUCAUAAAAAUAUAUUUAUUUUAUUAUAUAUUCCUAAUGUGUGGAUGCCCUGUAUAUAUGUAGUACUUAUUAGUUGCCCUCUCCCUGCUGCUGCGUUAAUGUGUGAUGUGCUGCAGGUGUGUGUGUCUGAUUGGUCAAGUGUGUGUGACACGUCCUCUGGUCAUCAUGAAGCUCCAGCAUGAAAAGGUCAGAACCUGUUGAGACCGGAAAAGGAAUUAAAUGAGUU